CGUUCUUCCAACCGCAAUUCGCAUCAAGGUAAGAGACUCGCGAUUGAAAACCUGCUCAGCGUCGACAAGAACAGCUCAAGCCAAAUCUUCUCGAAGCCGAAAUCUGAGAAGCCACCAUGUCCGCACCCAAAAGCAAAGACAACACCGCCUUGGAGGCCUACCAAACUUCGUACCUGUCCCUGUCCCUCUCGUCCGGCAUCCUCUCCUUCGAUGGCGCGCCUUACACGCUGAAGUCGGGGCGCAAAAGCCCGUACUUUUUUAAUGCGGGUCUCUUCAACACAGGCACAAAGAUAGACGCAGUAGCCAGCUGCUACGCCAGUGCCAUCGUAAACAGCGGGGUUCAGUUUGAUGUCCUUUUCGGCCCAGCUUACAAGGGUAUCCCGUUGGCAGCAUGCACAGCACUGGCACUCUCGCGGGACCAUGGAAUCGACGUCGGUUUCUGCUACAAUCGCAAAGAAGCCAAAACACACGGCGAAGGCGGCACGCUGGUCGGCGCGCCGCUGCAGGGACGAGUUCUAGUCAUUGACGACGUCAUGACAGCAGGUACAGCCAUUGGUGAAGCAGUUUCAAUCAUCGAAAAUGCCGCCAAGACGAAUGCCGCCAAAGGCGAUGCAGCUGCAGAGACCAAGAUGGUCGGCAUCGUCAUCGCGCUCGACCGACAGGAACGAGCGACGGAAGAAUCUCCAGAGAGCACCGUCAGCAUGGUCCAGCGCAGGUAUGGUGUCCCUGUCGUACCUGUUGUCACGCUCGCCGACAUCAUCACGUACAUCGAGAGCUUAGGCGGCGAAGAUAAUGAGAAGGCGAUCCAGGGCAUGAAGGAGUACAGGCAGAAGUAUGGUGCGCAAUAAGCUCACAUUGCGGGGGGUGUGUGUGUAGAUUAACGGACAACGUUUGGUGUACCAUAGAGAGCUCGUAAAUCGAGCAAAGGGCGUACGAUUUCCGAGGUGAUUAGUAUGCAGCUCUAUAGCUCGUCAUGCUUGUGUUUUAGCGUGUCUACAUGUAACGCAUCUUGAUUUUGCGCCGGCUCGUCGCCACCCUG